AUGACUGAACCUGAGCCGCCGGCGGUAGCCGCCCUCUCCAUCUCCGACACGGCCACGCAACCUGUUUCCAAAGCCACCGAACAGGAAAUCAAUCCUUGGGAUGUGCAAGCCGCGGUAGACGAGGACGGAAACGUCAAGGAAUUUGACUAUGUCAAGAUCUCAGAACAGUGGGCAACAAAGCUCAUUGACCAGCCGCUCCUUGAGCGAUUCGAGCGCGUGACCGGCCACAAGCCACAUCGCUGGCUACGGCGCGGUCUGUUCUUCUCUCACCGAGACCUGGACUUGAUUCUUGAUACCUAUGAGCGUGGUGAAGACUUCCUCCUAUACACUGGCCGUGGUCCUAGCAGCGAUGCCAUGCACAUUGGCCACACCAUCCCCUUCGAGUUCACCAAGUGGCUACAGGAUGUCUUCGACGUACCAUUGGUUAUCAUGCUGACCGACGACGAAAAGUUCCUUUUCAAGGAAAAACUGAAGCAGGAGGAGGUUUACGAGUUUGCCCGACAAAACGCAAAAGACAUCAUCUCCAUUGGCUUUGACGUAAAGAAGACUUUCAUGUAUAUCGACUCCGAGUUCUUCACAUCGGGAUACAACAGACAUUUCAACCUGAACGCGACCGAGUUUGAAAAGCUCAUCACCAACAACCAGGUCCGUGGCGCAUUCGGCUUCCAUGGCUCUACAAAUAUCGGCAGUAACGCAUUCGCUGCCAAGCAAUGCGUCGCUGCAUUUGCUUCGUCGUACCCCUUCAUCUGGGGUGAAGAUUACAAGACCUACCGCCGAUCGAAGAAGCUCGCUGCGACUCCCUGUCUCAUUCCCUGCGCCAUUGACCAAGACCCGUACUUCCGUCUCGUCCGCGAAAACUGCAAUCGCAUGGACAACCCUUCACCAAAGCCCGCGCUCAUUCACUCUAAGUUUCUCACAGCACUACAAGGCGCCGGCGGUAAAAUGAGCGCGUCCAAUGCCAAUUCAGCCAUCUUCAUGAGCGAUACUGCGAAGCAAGUAAAGAAUAAGAUCAACACUAAGGCAUUCUCGGGUGGCCAAGAAACACUCGAGCUUCAUCGCGAGAAGGGAGGAAACCCUGACAUUGACGUACCAUACCAAUACAUCGCUUAUUUUGAAGAUGACGACGAGAAGCUCAAGAAGCUCGCCGAAGAUUACCGCAAGGGCGAGCUGCUGACUGGCGAGAUGAAGAAAGAAUGCAUUGAAACCAUGACAGCAUAUACUAAGAGGUUCCAAGAAGCAAGGACAAAGGUCACAGAUGAGAUUCUAGACGAGUUUCUCCGCCCAAGGAAGUUGGAAUGGAAGGGUAAUCCGAAUCCUACUAAGCCAAAGCUGGAGCAACCAAAGGAAGAUACCGAAGGGGGUCCGAUGCUAGAUGCCGAUGGCAAGCCAAUGACCAAGAACGCUAUGAAGAAAGCUGCCAAGAUGGCCGAGGUCGAGCGAAAGAAGAAAGAGAAGGAAGCUGCUGCUGCAAAGCAGUAG